AUGUGCCUCCUUAUUGGUUUUAUCGUCAUUCUUUACGUCUCCUAUCGUUUAUAUCAACAUUUCUAUCCAACACCAAACAUCAGUCCCAAUGGUAAAUACAUUUUAAUAUCGGGAUGUGACACUGGGUUCGGUCAUGGACUAGCUAUUGAACUUGAUAGGCAAGGUUUUAAUGUUCUGGCUGGUGUAUUUUCUCCUGAUAACAUCAGUUCUCUCCAAAAGGAACUUUCAUCGCGAGCUACUGUCUUUCGACUUGAUAUUACUAAACAAGAUGAUAUUGAUACUGCAUUUGAAUUAGUCAAAGAAAAAACUCAAGUUCUUCAUGGGCUUGUUAACAAUGCAGGGAUUGGUAAAGGCGGAUAUAUCGAUUGGGUAACAUUAGAGCUCAUGCGCAAAAUAAUGGAUGUGAAUUUUUUCGGGCAUGUAGCAAUGACAAAAAAAUUCUUACCAUUGUUAAUAGCAAAGCGUGAUUCUCGAGUAGUUAACAUUACGUCAGUGAUGGGUUUGAUAACACCACUUGGUAUGUCAGCGUAUUGUGCUUCAAAACAUGCUUUUGAAUCAUUUUCUGAUUGUCUUCGACGAGAAAUGUUACCGUGGGGUUUAAAAGUUUCUAUUAUUGAACCAGGAUGGUUACGAACACCAAUCAUUGAAAAUCAGGAUCGUUACAUACUAGAUCUAUGGAAUGAAUUAUCAUCUGAUGUUCGUAACAGAUGGGGUGAUGAUUUUGUUAAUGAUAUGGUUGAAAAAUCAAUUACAAAAAGUCCCUUUAUUAAUAAUGCUGAAGAUCCAAUGAAAGUGAUACAAGCACUUCGACAUGCUGUUAUGAAUUCUAAACCUUGUAUACGAUAUCUACCAGAUUGGCAAGCCAAACUUUUCUUUUAUCCAGUUUCGAUGCUUCCUUCUUGGUUGUUUGAUAUAAUUGUCAUGAAAUUGACAAGUUCAUCAAUAGUUCCUGCCGGUAUUAAGAAUCAAAUUUCAGAUUAG